AUGGACCAACUCUAUUUUCCCCUUGAGCCUAAUGAUUUCUUGGGCAACCAAAGAAUCCAUUUAUCCCAAUUAAAAACCAUCCUAUCCAAAAAGAAAUCCACGUGGCAAGAUGGCAUUGCUCAGCUACUUACUCUUUCAAGAUUCUGUAUCACAGAAUUCCUUUUCUCUACCACACAAUUUUGGCUCAUAUUGUACCCUCUGCUACAUUAUCAUUCUUCAGCCACCCACUCUUCAAGGGCACAAAUCACUUGGAAGAAGAGAGCUAAAUGGCAGCAACAAUGUGCACAGCAGCAUCUACUGUUUUUGGCUUGACCACCUCCUCCCUUUCAUCCACCUCUUCAAGGGCUUCUUCUCCAAACAAAAUCUCUCUCACCUCAGAUUUUCUGAGACCCUCAGUAGCACCUAGGAACCCUUUUAGGCUACCAAAAGCCUCGUAUGGGAAAUUUACAUGCUUUGAGAGAGACUGGUUGAGGACUGACCUGAAUGUGAUUGGGUUUGGGCUGAUAGGAUGGGUUGCACCAUCCAGCAUUCCAGCAAUCAAUGGCAAGAGCUUGACUGGGCUCUUCCUUGAGAGUAUUGGCACUGAGCUGUCUCAUUGGCCCACUGGACCAGCCCUUACCUCUGAUUUCUGGUUAUGGAUGAUUUCGUGGCAUUUGGGGUUGUUCCUCUGUCUCACUUUUGGGCAGAUUGGCUUCAAAGGAAGGACCGAGGAUUACUUUUAAGAUUGUUGCGUAAUAUGACGACACUCGAAUCUGUACGUCUUGUACCAGCCUUUAUUAGUGUGUACAUAAAGCAUCUGUUUAAUACUCCAUACUUUAGUUCCUUUGGGCAUAACCAGCCUUGUUUUCUGGUCUAUGAGCUCAGUAUGGUGUUCCCUUUCCCAAUGCGGGAUUGUGCGUGGGGUGCUAGUACUUCUAAGUACGACCGGACGAGUAAUAGAAGUUCUGAGUAUUGGAUCACAACAACGUGUACUAAAGUAAUAACAAUCUUAUAACAAAAACUUGUGUUAUUGUCCCUUGAGUGUUGAGUGCACUGCAUAAUAUUGGCCUUCUUAGCUAUGUGAACAAGCUAAGGCUAUGCACAUAUUUGUUCAUAUUAUCUUCUAACUUGAUGGAGGAUAAGUUGUUCAACGUAACGUUCAUCUCCUCUUACUUUGACUUGAGAUAGUUCUUGAAAUUCUUCCGUUCGGGUUAACAAGAAACAAAUGUUGAAAAGCAACUCAAGUUUUUCCACUUGACUCCAUAUGAUGUUCAUACCACACUAUGCGAGUUGUGAAAGGUGAAAUACAGGCUUAUGCGUGUUGUUCAAAAAGUGUCGCACAGUUUGUUCUUCGAUUUCAGUCACUGUUUGUUCUUUGUUUUGAUACAUGCAAUAAUAGUUAUAUUAGUGAAUUUAUACAUUACAGGCGGCCAAUAUCCCAUUUGGUAAUUCUUACUUUCAGUUUAUC